AUGUCGGACGGCGAAGAUGUUGACGGUCAAAAGCAACAUAAGGCGAUCUCAUAUGUUGUUGUUGGCAUCAAUUCCAUUUCAGAGAGUAAAAAACUAUUCAAGUUUUUGAGAGCGAAUGGUUACAGUGAUGUGUCGCUUUUCCAUGAAUUUCCAGAGGGCAAGGACUCCUCUGAUACUCCAAUUUCCACUCUUCAUCAAACUGCGGCCGGUUCUUCCACUCCUUUGAACGAGUUAUAUAAAUCCUUCAAUGGCACGCUUGAAGAAUUAUUUUCAAACAACGGAACUACCGGAAAAAACACUGCCUUGAAGCCAAUAAGCACUAGUUUUUGUUGUGCGUUGUGUGGUCAGACUCGUCCAAUGGUGGAAGCUCGCACCACGGCUAAGAGCAAGGACCAAAACAUUGUGUUGUUGUCUUGUUUACUAAUGGAGAAUGACAUUGAAUUAGAUACAGCAAUCAACGUGUACAAAGAAACUCAUAGUGUGUUCAAGCGGAUCUGCCAGCUCCACUUUAUCAGAGCGGCUUCUUUUAUUGGACGAGAAAUAAAGGAAAUGUGGGGGAAAUUUCCCCUACAUGGACUACAUUACGUCCCACCUAGCAUUGUACAAGUUUUUCUGGCUCAUAUCCAAAUUUUCGGGGACUGCAUCGAUGAAAAAGUCGUCCUGGAAACACAUGACGUAACAAGAUUUUUCAAUGAAUCUUUUGCUAGAUACUAUGGCGCUGAUGGCUGGAAUGUAGAAGAAAUGGAUGUGGUGGCAAGGAAAUAUAGGAAAAGAAAACAGUCUUCGCCUCUCAGUGAUGAUCUAAACGAAACGACUUCGUCGAAACCCAAGAUAAACGCUUCUUCGUCGGACGACAAAUUUGCUGUUGGGGGAUGUAUUCCAGACCAUCGUGUUUCCCCUCUUUGGAUUGAGCCAAAAAAGGAACCACGAGAUGAGGAUCAAGGGAUCCUAGCAACAGAUCUUCUCGAGCAAUCGAUGCCUUCACCCAGUUCAGCAGCAACCUUCGAAUCGAAUACGUCUGUUAAAGAUUGUCGGCAAGGUUCUGCAACGAGUGAAAAAGACAGGAAAAAGUCGAGAAGUCGUGAUAAGAAAGAAGCUACCGUUCCCGUCACGAUAAAUCCAACCAAGAUUACUCAGGAACAAUACAGUUGCAUGGAUGCACUUGCCGAUAAGAAAUUCCGGGAACGAUUUCGAAUGUCGCGGAGUACAUUCAAAAAACUGUGUGAUGCUCUCGAUCCAUUACUUGAGAAACGUUGCCACAACACUACGAGAAGCUCCACAACUAUAAAAGUCGGCACUGCGUUAGAAGUCCUAGCUGGGAAUGGCAAUGCGUUGAAAGGUCUAAGUCUUAUGGGAACAAGUGUAACUGAAAUCUUUGGUAAUGUGCUGGAUGCUUUGUUGGAGUGGUCCGGAACGGUUAUACAAUGGCCUGGCGAAGAGGAACGAGAAAGAAUAAGGGAAAAUUUCUUUGAAAGCACGAGUAUGCCUGGCAUAGUUGGCUGCCUAGAUGGAACGAUCAUAGGGACUCAAAGUUCUUCUGAUACAUCCAGUAAGGGAAGUCGCGCACUCAAUGUGGCGGUUGUAGUGGACGAUAAUAAACUGUUUCGAUGGGUACUAGCAAAAUAUCGUGCAGAAGUGGCAGAUGAUCUGGUAUUUAAACGUAGCCUACUCUAUGAACAACUGAAGGAAGGCGUGAAAGAAGGACGCUUAAUUGGCGAUGAUGCAUAUGAAAAGGAGACUUUUCUGGUCACACCGUCUACCGAGAAAGACAAAUACCGUGCUAAUGCUUUGCGUGAAGCGCACAAAAUAGUCGAAGAAGCGAUAGCAAGCUGGAAAUGGCAAUUUCCUAUCCUAACGAGUGACAUAACAUCUCCGAAAGUAGCAAGGAUUAUUGUGGGCAGUGCAGCAUUGUACAAUUUGACAAGGUUGGAAGGAGAACCAGAAUUCACUGCUGACAACGAAGAAAUGGAUGUAUCCGAAAGAUGCAUAGAUGUUUUAUGA